UGCAGCCAGGACGUGCGGCCGACGGUCUGCUCUGCGUACCGGUGCUGUAUCUAUAGGUGCUCUAUCCCAGCCAUGCUGCUGCUGCUGCUGCUGCUCCCGGUUCCGGUGGCUCCAGGCUCUGUUGAGGUUCUGCGGCCCCGCGGGGUCUCCCUCUCCAAUCUCCACUUCUACGAGGCCUCCAAGCCCUUUACCUGCCUCGACGGCUCAGCCACCAUUGACUUUGCUUGGGUCAAUGACGACUACUGCGACUGCGGCGACGGCUCCGACGAGCCUGGCACCGCCGCCUGCCCCAAUGGCCGCUUCCACUGCACCAACGCCGGGUACCGGCCCCAUAGCAUCCCCUCGGCCCACGUCAACGACGGCGUCUGCGAUUGCUGCGAUGCCACCGAUGAGUACAGCAGUGGGGCUGCCUGUGAGAACACCUGCAAGGAGCGGGGCCGCCAGGAGCGCGAGGCUCUGCAGCGCCGCGCGGAGCUGCUCCGGGAGGGAUUCAUCCUGCGCCAGCGCCUGGUGCAGGAGGCGGCCGCGGGGCGCCGGGACAAGCAGGGCCGCCUGGGGGCGCUGCAGGACGCGCGCCGGGGGCUGGAACUGCGCAUGCGUGAGCUGCGCGCGGCCAAGGAGGCGGCCGAGGGGCCCGAGCGCGAGGCCAAGGAGGAGCAGAGGCGGCGGUGGGAGGCCGCCACCGCCGAGGCUGCCGCAGCCCAAGAUGCCGCUCGGGCAGACGAGGCCUUUGCAGCACUGGACACGGAUGGGGAUGGGCAGGUGACACUGGAGGAGCUGAGAGCCUGCCCCCCCCUGGACACGGAUGGGGAUGGAGCCAUCUCUGAGGAUGAGCUCAAGGCACUCUUGGCUGAUCCCACACCAAUGGAUGCUGCCACAUUCCGGGACCGGCUCUGGGAUACCAUUAAGCACCAUUAUAAACCCCAGGACCAAGCUGAGCCCCCCACAUCCCCCCCUGAGCCCCCCCUGGAUGAGGCCCCCCCGGAGGAAGAGGAGGAGGAGGAAGCAGAGGAGGAGGAGGAAGAGGAAGAUGAUGGCAGCGAAGGCCCCGAGGAGGAGCUGAAGGUGCCCCCCCCACAGCACCCCGAGGAGAAGGGGGCUGAGGAGCCCCCCCCGCUCCCCCCCUAUGAUGCUGCCACUCAGGCCCUCAUUGAUGCUGCCCAACGGGCCCGUGAGGAGCUGGAAGAAGCUGAGCGAGCACUAAAGGAAACGGAAGAAUCCAUCAGGGCCCUGGAGCAGGAGCUGGGCUUUGACUUUGGCCCCCAGGGCGAGUUCUCCUACCUCUAUAACCAAUGCUAUGAGCUGGGCACCAGCGAGUACAUCUAUCGCCUGUGCCCCUUCAAACGCGUGUCCCAGAAGCCCAAACACGGCGGCGCCGAGACCAACCUGGGGACGUGGGGCUCAUGGGCUGGCCCCGAGCACGACCGCUUCAGUGCCAUGAAGUACGAGCACGGGACCGGGUGCUGGCAGGGCCCCAACAGGGCCACCACGGUGAAGCUCUCCUGCGGCACCGAGACCGCGGUGACAGCCACGACGGAGCCGAGCCGCUGCGAGUACCUGAUGGAGCUGGUGACCCCCGCGGCCUGCACCAGCCCCCCCCCGCACGAGGAGCACGACGAGCUCUGACCUGGGGAGCCGCCUGGACCUCAGCACUUCCCAUGGGAAUGGCCACAGGGAUGCUGCGACUGAGCCUGGAGUGGAGGGGGAGGGGUUGGGG